AUGUCACACAAACUGAGCGUGGUGUUAAAGUGUGGCUAUAAAAUCGCAAUCAAUGUGGACACGGAUGCGGUCAAGACUAUCCAUGAUUUGAAGGCUUACCUCCAGGCGCGCGGCAUCUAUUGCGAUGAGAGCGACAAAAUAGUGUACAACCAACAGAAAUACGCCCAUGGUCAAAACGUGCAUAGUUUGUUCGUGAUGGAUGGACCUGAUAAUAAUGAGUACCUGGUUAGCAGUAUCAGCGCUAAGGACGAGAUUUUAAUAGUCAAUAAAUCGGAGCCCAAAAGUGAUUAUACGGAAAGUCUAUCGAAAGAGAUAAAUGACUUGAAGGUGGAGUUGUCGGCGUUGAAGGCAUCCUAUGAUAGGACUGUUUGCGAGAACCAGGAGUUGAGACAGAAUUUGAAUCAAUUGGACAUAAGUGGUUCAGAGGAAGGCAGUAGUGUUGGGAAGGGAUCACAGAAUCCGAUGAAGAGAAUGACAGAUAUUUUGACACAAAUCCUAAAUGAGAGCCAAAAGACUAACACUUUGAUGAGUGGUAUGAAUACAGAGAGGGAUAAGGCGUUGAAAACAUUGGAAGGCAUCCGACAACUGGUCGGUAAUACAGGCACUGAAUCGACGGCCAGUACCGCAACGUAGUCAAGCAUUUCAAGACUUAAAGGCGGAUUACAUUUAAAACAUUAAUUAUC